AUGCAUGAAGUUCGCGUUCGAGUUCCGGCUGAGGCAAGGUGUCGAGAUGUUGCCACGUCACCAGAGAUGACGUCAUUUCCGCCACUGGCCGAUAAGAGAGCGGUAGUCGGCGAGCGAGUUGUGCUGCAGUGCCAGUUGGACGGUCAUCCGACACCGGCCGUGAAAUGGCUCAAGGAUGGUCAUAACGUUUCCAACUGCCCUGACUAUGAGAUUCAAGAAGACGGCCAUGUCCAUCGGCUGAUUAUCUCUCAGGUCCACAGUGCAGACAGUGGAAGAUUCACCGCUCAGGCUGCAAAUGCCGCCGGUCUACGGCAGUCCACAUGCAUUCUCAUCGUCGCUCCAGCGCCUACUCCGGUUCCUGGUGGAAAGCACAUAGCC